CAAUCAAACAUUUUAGCACAAAAAUUAAAGUACAUAAAACAUUUUCGCGAUGUCCUCGCCCUUUGAGAUAAUGUCGGCAGAUUAUGAAGAGAGACCUAGAGACAAUGGCCCUGAGGGCAUGGAGCCAGAUGGAAUCAUUGAAAGCAACUGGCAUGAGAUCGUGGACAGCUUUGAUGACAUGAACCUGCGUGAGACUCUACUCAGGGGAAUCUAUGCUUAUGGUUUUGAGAAGCCCUCUGCCAUCCAGCAAAGGGCUAUUCUUCCUUGUAUCAAGGGAUAUGAUGUCAUUGCACAGGCCCAGUCGGGCACUGGCAAGACUGCCACCUUUGCCAUCUCCAUCCUGCAGCAGAUUGACAUGGAACUGAAAGGAACUCAGGCCUUGGUCCUGGCACCCACCCGUGAACUGGCUCAGCAGAUCCAGAAAGUGAUCCUGGCUCUUGGAGACUACAUGGGUGCAACAUGCCAUGCCUGUAUUGGUGGGACCAAUGUGCGCAAUGAGGUCCAAAAGCUGCAAGCGGAGGCACCACAUAUUGUAGUAGGAACCCCGGGCCGCGUCUACGACAUGCUUAGUCGCAAGUUCCUCUCUUCAAAGUACAUUAAAAUGUUUGUGCUGGAUGAAGCCGAUGAGAUGCUGAGUCGUGGUUUUAAGGAUCAGAUCUAUGAGAUCUUCCAGAAACUUGGUACAAGCACACAGGUUGUGCUGUUGUCAGCUACAAUGCCUGCAGAGGUGCUGGAUGUCACUACUAAGUUUAUGCGAGAGCCAGUACGAAUUCUGGUAAAGAAAGAGGAGCUCACCCUUGAGGGUAUUCGGCAGUUUUACAUCAAUGUUGAAAAAGAGGAAUGGAAGCUGGACACGCUGUGUGAUCUCUACGAGACUUUGACCAUUACUCAGGCUGUGAUCUUCAUCAACACACGCCGGAAAGUGGACUGGCUCACAGAGAAGAUGCAUGCUAGGGAUUUCACUGUGUCAGCUCUGCAUGGAGAUAUGGACCAGAAGGAUCGUGACCUGAUCAUGAGGGAAUUCCGCUCCGGUUCUAGCCGUGUCCUUAUUACCACAGAUCUGCUGGCCAGAGGUAUUGAUGUCCAGCAGGUGUCUUUGGUGAUCAACUACGACUUGCCAACCAACCGGGAGAAUUACAUUCAUAGGAUUGGGAGAGGGGGCCGUUUUGGCAGGAAAGGUGUGGCUAUCAACAUGGUGACAGAAGAUGACAAGCGUACGCUGCGGGACAUCGAGACCUUCUACAACACUACCGUAGAGGAGAUGCCCAUGAAUGUGGCUGACCUGAUCUAGAGAUUUAUUAGACAUGGUCUAGAGUGCCCCUCUCUCCAGCCCCACAAUCUCUCUAUAUUCAUAUUUAAGCACUUCGGAAUGAAGUAGGGGACAUGCAUUUCCCCUCUCUUCCACAAUCGGAUACUAUUGAUUUAAUCUUCCAAAAUAUAUAUAUCUAUAAGAUACAUUUUAUAAACCCCAGAUGCUGAAUGUGCAUCUUUUUGUCUCCAUCCAUUUCUCAUAAUAAACAUUGUGAAGUAUGAGCUAGACACAGUCAUGUGCUGGCGCUCAAUUAGUCAUCUUGGGCUGCUUUUAUAGCUGGGAGUCCUAAGGGUUUUUUGGUGAGUAGCUGGACUGCAGGUUUUUUUUUUUUUUUUUUUUAACAGCUUCCAAUAUUGAUGUACUUGGUAAAAGUGUGUUGACUUUUAAAUUGACAUGAAAAGCAGUGGUAAGAGUUUUUAUUAAAAAAAUAUUUUUAUUUAGAUUUUUAUUUUUUCAGAGCCAACUACUGGAAAAUCCAAGUAGCUAUUAGUAGUAGUUAUUUGCUACACUGUUUGCUGUAAAACUAUGUACAAGAGCUAGUCAUAUACAGUACAGCCUGGAUAUACAGUAGAUAUAUGGAAGUCCUUGGUUUGAUGAACUUGACUCAAGUGAUGAAAAAAAAAAAAAGUGAGAUGGACAAAAAGUAAACCUUACAUAUUUCAGCAAUCUUGGGUUAUUUUUUUUUUUCUACAUUAAGUUAUUUGUUUUGGUGAGGGGGGACUCCAAUAAAGCAGCAGCCUAAAUUGUCA